UUAACCAAAAAAAUUAUGAAAUGAAAUACGAAUACGAUGUAGAAUACGAGCGAUUAUAAGUAUAUUCUGGUUUCUGGACCAACCGAGUUUUCUUCACACGCAAACCUCUUCUCCUAAGCAAAGCCUCUCAUUCACAAAUCAGAACCAAAACGAUUUCGGUCGGCCAUCCCUUCCCCGCUUCAGUAUCCCCCCUCCUCCCCGUCGCCGCCACCAAUCGGAACCAGUAAAUGGCGCCCACACCUGCAGGCCCAUCGCCGUCUCCGGCAAUUCAGCAAUUCCUCUCCUCCGUACUCUCUCAGCGUGGCCCUUCCGCCCUCCCUUACAGCGAAGACACCAAAUGGCUCAUCCGACAACAGCUCCUCGCUCUCGUCAACAGCGUCCCUUCUCUGGAGCCCAAGACGGCGAUGUUCACCCACAACGAUGGCCGCACCGUCAACCUCUUGCAGGCCGACGGCACGAUUCCGAUGACAUUCCAAGGCGUGACCUACAACAUCCCUGUCAUCAUCUGGCUCAUGGAUUCAUACCCUCGAUACCCACCUUGCGUCUACGUCAAUCCCACUCGCGAUAUGAUCAUCAAGCGUCCCCACGCCCAUGUCAAUCCUUCUGGGUUGGUCUCUGUUCCUUAUCUGCAGAAUUGGAUCUACCCUAGCUCUAAUUUGCAAGAUCUGGUUCAUGAAUUGAGUGCUGUUUUCGGCCGUGAUCCUCCUUUGUAUGCCCAGCGCCGCCCUAAUUCCAAUCCAAACCCUAACCCUAGUCCUCAUCCCCAUCCCCAUCCCACCCCGAGUCCUAGUCCAAGUUUUGCUACCAAUCCCUCCAAUUUGUCCAGUUCGUCAAGUUUUGGCUCCUUUUCAGGACCUGGACACAGCCCAUACCAGCGCCCUAUGGCGAGGCCGUACCCUCCAUCGCCUUACGGCAGUGGCAGUGCUACUCCUGCACGCACGCAGACUGAUGAUCCGGCGGAGAUUUAUAGAAGGAAUGCUAUCAACAAAAUAGUGGAAAUGGCUCAUGGUGAUAUUUCCCAGUUAAGGAAGACUAGGGAAGCAGAGAUGGAGGGUUUGUUCAGUGCGCAAGCUGUUUUGAGAAGGAGAGAGGAGGAUGUUAAUAGGGGAUUCAAGGAGUUGCAGGAUGAGAGAGAAGGGUUAGAGGGACAAUUACAGAUGGUGUUGAUGAAUUCAGAUAUUUUGGAGGCUUGGGUUAGGGAGAACGAGGGGAAGGUGAAAGGGAAUUUGGGGGAAGUUGAUGUGGACAGUGCUUUUGAAUGCACUGACUCGCUUUCGAAGCAAAUGUUAGAAUGUACUGCUGCAGAUUUAGCCAUUGAGGAUGUAGUUUAUUCGUUAGACAAGGCAGUGCAGGAAGGAGCGAUGCCCUUUGAUCAGUAUCUGAGGAAUGUGAGGUUCUUGUCAAGAGAACAAUUCUUUCACCGGGCAACUGGGGCUAAAGUUAGGGCAGUGCAGAUGCAAGCUCAGGUGGCCAAUAUGGCUGCUAGGAUUCAGCAGUAUACUUCAUGAAGGGAUUUUAAUGAUUUUGGUACAAGGAUAUACAUCUUCAGAUUGGAUUGUGAGUUACAUACUUUUAAAGGUUAGGUCUUUUUUCUUUUUAUCAAGAACUGUUCUUUUUUGCAUGUUAGCUGCUGUUCGUUUUCAUUGUUCUCCACGUGUGUAACUGCUCGCCAUUGAUCUGUAUUCUUUUGAAAAUAAUGUCUUCACAGUGCAUCAUACGCUGUCAGUAGUGAUUGACACUCUAUAUCUGUCCCUUUUAUGUUAUAUUUGAUAUUUCAUAUGCAGGGUCAUAACUAAUAAUAUCUUGUGUUCUUGUUGGGUAUGUGUUAAUUCUGGGAUGGCUGAGGAAAAUAAGAUUUGAUGGAGCUUUGUUACCAGAUUUUGAUUUAUAGGAUUAAUAGUGUAAUGUCUUCGAUUGGAUCGAUUCUGGGAUAAUUUCCUAGAGUGGUACCUGAAUUUGCCCUAGGAUCUAAUGAACAGCAUAAUCUAGUCUAAGUAUAAAAACUAAGAUAGAUUUAUUUCCUGUGACCUUGAGUAAAUCCUACAAGUACCAUCACCAUCAUGCUCUUUGGUUCUGUUUAUGUACUGGACUUAUUUACUGGUGUAAACCGCCUUCACUGUGCUUACACUCUUUGUGGUUUCUGUUAAUUGGACUUAAACCUGUCUUUCUUUUCUCAUGAAACAUGGGUGGGUUUAGCUGUAGUUUGGGAAUGUCCUUGAGAAAAAGUUCUUAGUUAACUUUAGCAUUAAUUAUAUUUAUUAUUAUAGACCGCCACUCUUGAGAAUCCGGUGAUUUACUUGGAGUAAUAGAUUAGAGGUAGACAGACGUUGAGCUAAGCUAGAUAUGCCAAGUCUUGCUUCAGGUCUGCCACAAGCUCGUCUAUGUUUGGUUGUUUAUACUCGCACCUUGCGUUCAAGUGGAUUUAUGAUGGACUGCUUUUGAUUUCUGCACGUAACAUUGAGCAGGUAAGUGAGCUGGAUAUGGGACUCGUGUUUUUUUUGGAGAUGCACAUCUACUUGCUCUGGAAAUUUCUGCUGCUUCUCUGUGGUUGGAGGCAAACAGAUCUGUCUUGCUUGUGUUUGUUGAUGCGGCAUUGUUGAGUAAGUGCCACCGCUAAUAGAUCUCUGGUUUGUGAACUGUGAAUGCAAGUUCCUUCCAUGAUGCUUCUGCUAUUUCCCUGAGAUACAUGGAAGCGUCGAAUGGAUUGCAUCAGUGUGUGUGAUGUGGAUAUGUAUAGCCGAGACUUGUGUGCAUCUGAAUCGACUGAAUUGAACUCAUGAUUUACAGCAUGACUUCUCUGUAUUAGGCUUUUAUGAAUCAUGACUACUAGCCGUUUCAAUUUCUGUGCUGUGUUUUGAAACAGAGAAAAUUGUGUUUGGUUUGCAUUCCAGAUGACGUUUUGGGGGAUUGAGGUUCAUCUGAAAACCAAGAAAGUCCUGCAACUACUGGAUUUAUCUCUCAAGUCGUAUCCCACAAAUUCUGACUACAUGUGGUAACCAUAACCAGUUAUUAUCGAUCUUCAUCCAAUAUCACAUGUCUUGACUCAUAAUUUGACACCACUCGUGACUUGUACUCACUUGAUCCAUUUGUAUCAAUCGUCUUGACCGGUAAUUAAACUUAACCUGAUUGAUCUUAUCCAUUUGUGUCACUCGGGACUGUUACGAUUCGAUUUAAACCUAGUUGAGACGAAGAAGGACGACUGAGAGUGAUUUUGAACAAUCUAAGUGAGAAUAAUGAAGACACACAUUCUACUCAUCCCCACAUUUGUGUUCUAAAACUUAUCGACGAACUCGAACUACUCCUCGUCGAUAAGGAACUCGAACUGUUCCCAAAUUCAUUGAUUCUCUGGAAGUUCCGAUGUGGUUCUGAUCACAUGUCAGAGCGACUAAAGAUGAGGUAGUUUUGUUUACUAUUCGCCUCUGUUCUUGUCUUGUUUGGCUGUGUGAAAAAAAAUUGGCUUAGAAUCUAUAUUAACCUAAAAAAGGAAAGAGAUUCGUCUGUGGGCUGGAAAAUCUAGAUUGGCCUAUCUCCUAUCUCCUUUUCCACCUCCAAAAUUCUAGUCGACUCCUUGUGCAGCAAUGUCAACUCCAGUUCUCCUACAACUAACCUUGCAUUGCAUCAGCCACCUUGAAUUUCUCUGAAUUAACGGUUGCCAUAGCUUUUACAGGCUUCAUGCUCCUCGCUUUCUCGGUAACGCUUUGUUCAAUCUCUGCUAAACCAAGCCACCAUACUCUCUGCAACUGCUCCUGCCACCUCUUAAUGAUCCUCACUCUCCAUUCAAGCUCGAUCAAGAAUAGUGUUUUCGUUUAUUUUUUAUAUAACUAGCACAGGGCCCGACCCGUUGGUCGGGAAAAUUUUGUCGAGAAAUAUAGUAUAUAAUAAUGAAUAUAAUAGAUAAUUUGAA